CCCGCCGCCACCGCCGGAACCACUGUGACGUCGGAACCUAAGUGCGCGCGCCGCCGCAGUCCGGAAGGCCGUCUGGGUAAAAGGGCGGCGCGGCCCAGUUCCGGCGGAGAAGACUCCGCAGCGCCGUGUCGGGCUCCUCCGUCUCCCGCUAUGCACCGGCAGAACUUCCGACCUCCGACCCCUCCUUACGCCGGCCCGGGUGGAGGAGGCUGGGCUGGCGGGAGCAGCUUCCGGGGUGCCCCGGGUGGAGGCGGGCCGCGGCCGCCCUCCCCUCGGGACGGCUAUGGGAGCCCGCACCACACGCCGCCCUACGGACCCCGGGCUCGGCCCUACGGGAGCGGCCAUUCUCCGCGACAUGGCGGCAGCUUCCCGGGGGGCCGGUUCGGGUCUCCGUCCCCCGGCGGCUACCCGGGCUCCUACUCCCGGUCCCCCGCGGGGUCCCAGCAGCAAUUCAGCUACUCCCCGGGGCAGCAGCCGACCCACCCCCAGGGUUCUCCAAGGACAUCUACACCAUUUGGAUCAGGGCGUGCUAGAGAAAAAAGAAUGUCUAAUGAGGUGGAAAGUUAUUUUAAACCUUCAAUGCUUGAAGACCCUUGGGCUGGCCUAGAACCAGUAUCGGUAGUGGAUAUAAGCCAACAAUACAGCAGUACUCAGACAUUCACAGGCAAAAAAGGAAGAUAUUUUUGUUAACAUUUCUGAAAUUCACCUGGAAGCUUCUUGUGUCAGGAACAUCUUGGACAAAACUUUUUCUUACAUUAUUAAGUUGAACCUUAAGAUGGUGACUUUGAAUAACUGAACUUCUUGAUGUUUUUCAUCAAGUACUGUCCGUAUUAGAGAAGACUUGGUAGGAUCAUUUGCAGUAUUUAGCUCUGGAAGUGCCUACCACUAUUUUAGAAGACUGACAGUUUCUAGAUAUUUAACAUUCUUGGCUAUAUAAUGGAUGGACAGUUGUCUCUUAAUGUUUUUUCCAGUGUUUUAAAAUAAAAAAAAAAAACAUUUUGCUGUUCUA